CAUAAAUGAUAACCGUUCUCAGUCCGCGUUGAUAACGCCAAUCGUAACUGUUGUUGUUUUCCUGGAUACAGUCCUAAUUUUUGAAUACAUCGACAAGUGACAUUAUUAUUUGGUGCUGCAAAACGAAGAACUUCGGACGAUUGCUAAAAAAAAAAUACAAUUGACCAGACUCUCCGGACAAUGAUCGACGACGGAUGUGUUAUAACGUCUCGCCGGUUGCUGAAUAAUAAAAGCUCAUCAAUUACCAGAGUUUUGCUGGCUCACCAUUGAAUAGUAGAAGUCAGUGGUAGUGUGUCUUACUAACCACCAACUGUCAGCUCCAAAGAGAUGUCACCCCGCAGCAUCAACUGCUUGUUCAUGUUGGUGGUCAACAUUUGUCUGUACAUGAGCGUCGUAUGCUUCUUCUCGUCGUCCAGUUCAAUUGUUAAUAGCCGCAUCGACAACAGUUGGCUCAACGAGUUAAAAGGAAAUAUAGAUGAGACAAACAGCACAGUUGAAAUUGUUGAUAAAUUUAAUAAUUAUCAAAUAUAUCCCCGUAUUAUCAGUAUUGUUUCAAAAGAUUAUUUUAAAUUUUUCAAGGUAAAUCUACGAAGAACUUGUCCAUUUUGGUCAGACGACAGCAAAUGUGCUAUGAGAUAUUGUCAAGUGGAGUCCUGUCAGUUGGACGAUUUACCUAUAGGUCUGAAAGGUAGUCAUCAUAGUUUGGUAGAUGAAGAUAUGUCAAUUAAGUAUAUGGAAGGGCCUCAACAACAAGAGUGCGAAAAAGUAAUGCAAGAUGAAUUGGGUUACAUCAAUACUACUAUAAGUGCUGCAGCAAUGGAGGAUUUUGCUCUCUGGCAAGCCCAUGAUGAUAUACAAGACAUGUACUGUACGCUGCCUGACGAUGAUGGCGAAGCCGAGUAUGUUGACCUAUCUCUAAAUCCUGAACGAUAUACCGGAUAUAAAGGACUUUCUGCUAAUCGUGUUUGGAAUACAAUUUACAUGGAAAAUUGUUUCAGGCCAAAAAAUUUAUUUGAAGUCUACAUUAUAUCAGCAAAGUUGACUGGAAUGUGUUUGGAGAAACGAGCAUUUUAUCGAGCUAUUUCUGGUCUUCAUACAAGUAUUAAUAUUCAUCUUAGUGCUCAAUAUCUAUUAUCAGAUAAAGGAUCAACAUUUUUGAACCCAUGUGGAACUGGCUUCUGGGGUCCAAAUGCUGAAGAAUUUGAACGUAAGUUUGGUCCAAAAUACACUAAAGGCGAGGGUACACAGUGGCUAAGAAAUUUAUAUUUCUUGUAUCUUGUGGAACUGAGAGCAUUACAAAAAGCUGCACCUUUACUCGAACAAGUAGAGUAUUAUACAGGAAAUGAUAAAGAAGAUGAAACAACUCGACUUGCUGUCCAUAAUUUCUUGGGAAUUAUCAAAAAAUUCCCUCAACAAUUUAAUGAGCAUACCAUGUUUUUGGGUGGACAACAGGCACAAAAGUUAAAAGAAGAGUUUCGUCUUCAUUUUCGUAAUGUAUCAACCAUAAUGGAUUGUGUUGGGUGUGAUAAAUGCAGACUAUGGGGAAAACUGCAAAUACAAGGAUUGGGAACAGCACUGAAAAUAUUAUUUUCAAAUAAAGCACGGACAAAUGGAUAUAAUGAAUUAUCUACCACUGUUAACAAGCACACAUUGCAAUUGGAACGUAGUGAAAUUGUUGCUCUCUUCAAUGCAUUUGGAAGGUUAUCUACAAGUAUAUAUGAAAUAGAAAAAUUUCGAAAACUCCUAAGGUAAACAUGUUGAAAUUGUAUAAGAAAAACAUCACUACAUUCCUUCCUCACUUCUCUAUUAUAAGUUUUUAAAUAAUUGUAAGUAUGUGAUCUGUUAAUAAUUUUACAUUAAACCAUCAAGUAGACAAACAUUCAAUUGAAUUGUCAGAUAAAAAGUCUGUUGGUGGUAUUUUAUUGACUUUUAAUGUUUUAUUUUUCUUGGUUAACUGAGUUGAAAUACUGACAGUCAUAAAAUAAAAUCUUUUUAAAAGCUCUCUAUGGAAGAACGCAUAAAAUAUUCUAAUGAUUAAUUGAAA